AUGUUUGUUACUUCAUUGUUGAUCUCUUCUCGGGACAAGUUCCGAAAAGAAGAAUCAUUCCAAAAACAAACGGAUAGUAAUAACAGAUUAAUAUUUGAAAAAUGUACCACAAGGGUGUUAUCAAACUGCAGAUAUUGUGAAUACUGCAGAUCGAUGAACCACACUAAGUACAAUUGCCAAUUAAUCAAACCUUGUACCAAUUGUGGUAUCAAGGGUCAUAAAACGACCAGCUGUAAAAAAGCUACGUCGGUGCCAACGACAAUUUUACAAAGACCAGGAAGCCAACAGUAUUUCCCAGCUUUUUUUUUUUUUUUUUUAUUUAAUCUUUGGGCAUUCAAAAAAAAGAAAAAGUAUUCAGAAACAUUUUGUUCGAGCAUUUCUCAGUUGCUUCUCCCUUGUCUUAUUGUAGAAGGUAGUGUGGUUUGGUUGUAUUCUUUUUUUUUUUCUUAA